AGAAUAUAUAUAACACAGAGUUGUUCAAACUUAUUUUAUAUUUUCUAGUAUUCGUGUGGGACAAGUUCUUAAUAAAAUAGAUUUUUUAACAAAUAUAAAAAGAAAAUAUAGUUAUUAAGUCAUUUUAAUCAACAACCUACGCACUUUUGUCAAUUUCUGUCUCAAAAUAAAAAAAUUAAUUACAAAAGUUUACAAAAACAAUCAACAACAGCGAUAUAAUGGCCAACAUUUUGGAAAAUCAAUUGGCUGGUCUAACACAAGUUAUUGAAAAACAAUUGGAUGAACAAUUGGAACGUUUCGAUAAUUUAGAUAAGGAUGAUCUUAAAACUUUAAGAGAGCAACGUAUCAGAGAGAUGAAGGAACUGAAUACAAAAAAGCAAGAAUGGUUAAAAAAUGGUCACGGCAAUUACACAGAAUUGGCCGACGAAAAGGAAUUCUUUGAAGUCUCGAAAAAAUCUCCCAAUAUUGUUUGUCAUUUUUAUCGAGAUUGUACAGAACGUUGUCGUAUUGUCGACAUGCAUUUGAAAAUUUUGGCUGGCAAACAUAUUGAAGCAAAAUUUUGCAAAGUAAAUGCUGAAAAAUCACCAUUUCUUACACAACGUCUACGCAUCAAAGUAAUUCCCACCAUAGCUUUGAUUAAGGAUAGUAAAACAAAGGAUUUCAUUGUCGGCUUUACCGACUUGGGUAAUUGUGAUGAUUUCUCAACUGACAUGCUCGAAUGGAGAAUAGCACAGUCUGGUGCCAUAGAUUACAAGGGUGAUCUGAUGACACCGCCAGAUGUUAAAAAGAAAACAUAUAUAAAUCGUCCUAGAAAAACUAUUCGUGGUGGUUAUGAUUCAGAUGAUUCCGAUAUUGAUUUUGAUGAUUAACCUGUUUUCACACUUAUCGAAAUAGUUUAAAAAGAAACUAGUGUUAGAGACUACUCAUUUUAUUUGUUUUCAUACAUUAGUCUGUUGUAUUGCCUGCCUGCCUUUUCUUUUUGCUGUUUUCCCCAAGUGUCUUCUUUUUCUUAAGCUCUGGUUUGAAAGUUUAAUAUUCAAACUUUAUUUGAUUAACAAAAUGCUUAUAAAUCAAAAUGUAUUCAACAAAAUUUGUUUGUUUAAUUGCAAGAAAAACCCUACAAAAACAUGAUAAUCUUUUUUUAUAAUAAUUUCUUACUAUUAACAUUCUCUUGAUUUUAGACAUGAAGUAUUUUUUCUUGUCUUAAUUAAAUUAAAAAAAUUCCUAGUUUUAUAACUACAAAAUUAAGUAUUGUUUGUGUUUUUUAUUUUUGCAAAAUGUCUUUUAUAAAAAGUAGCACAAAAUUAUAAUAAAAACAUUAUUAAUAGGAUUAAAACUAAAAAGACAACUUUUUCGUAGAAUUUAGAAUAAAACAUAUUUUCUUAAUGCAAAAUAAAAGUAAUAUACAUACAUUAUAAUAAGCAAAAUUAGCAACAUCAAAAAUUUAAACGUAAACAUCCAUAAAUGUUCAUAUUUACAUGGACUAACUAAUAACAUAUAUACAGCUAUUCAGAGGGUUUUAGAAAUAAAGACAAAUUUUCAUAAAACCAUCCAAAUGGGAAUUGUAAGCGAUUAUAGUCCUAAAGAAAUAGAACGUAUAUUUUCAUUUAAACAAUAGUGCAUACAUACAUAAUUAUAAAAUACAAAAAUUCCUAUUUUUAUAGUGUCAAAGAAUUAAAGCAAAAUAUACGAUAUUCAUUCACAAAUCAAAUUUGACUUAACAAAAAAAAAAAAAAAAAAAAAAAAAAACAAAAUCUCUACUUAUUUUAUUCGUUCUCUUAUUAAUAAAAUAAAAAAUAAUCUUAAUUUAUUUUUAUAAUUUUAAAAUGUAAUAUUUUUUUAAAUUAAAAUAAAAAAUGCAUGUAUAAGUUUUUUUAUGUUCAAAACAAAUAUUUUGUGGCUUUAAUCAUAGAUAAACAGAUAUGUAAAAUUUAAAAAUUAAUAACUUACAACAAUGCAGAAUACAAUCGUAAAGCAUUGAAACAAAAUGGAAUUGCUUCUUUUUUUAUUGAAAUUCCUUUUAUUGUUUGAUUACCAGUUUUCGAUCGUUGUGUAACUGAAUGCAGAAUAGGGGUGAAUAUAAUUGGGAAUUUUAGAUAUAUAAAUAGAGUUUUUAUAAUUAAAUUGAGGAUUUUUAUAUUGCAUUGGAAAAAUACCAUACAAAUUUUUAUAAAAGAAAGAAGCCCUAUUGUCAUUUUAUGAAUACAAUUUUUUAGAAAGUUUCUCCUAAGUUAUUAUAAUUGGAUAAUAAUUGUCAAUAAGAAAAAUUUGAAUUUUGUAAUGAAAAAAAGAAAUAUUUGUCCUUCUCUAUGCCAUACCAAAAGUACUCGUCAAUAAUUCUUGCACACAUAAUACUUUUGGCAAACGAACGAUUAUACUGAUAUUAGUUUAAAUCGGCCCAUAAUAUAACCUAAGCCCCAUACAACGGGUUCUUUCUAAUAUAAUUAAGGUUAACCCAGAUUAGUUCGACCUAUGUUAUUACAUAGAGAUUUGAAGCCUCGAACAAAAAUUAAUCAAAAGUAUUAUUUGGUAUCCAUUAAUUUAAUAUAUCUAACCUUAAACAAGGUAAGUAGAUCUGAAUAAAGGCAAGCAAUUGAUGCAAAUAACUUGGAAACUGCUAUACGAAAUAAUAAAUUAGAUUAGUGCGAGUCAGAUAAAAUUAUUGGGCUAUAGUUAGUUUGCAAUGGUACACAUUUUUUAACUGCAUUUUCGACCAGUUCCCGUAGAACGAUACAUAGAAAUUUAAACUUAAACUGGUGCCAAAUUUUAUGAUACAUUAAAGCCUGGUGUUAUAAAUGAUAUUUUUAAAUAAAGUUAUUCUCUCUUUCUUUCUUUCUUUCUUACAAUAAAUAUAUACCUUAUUUCUUAUUUAAUACAAAAUUGAAUUGAAUUUGGAAUGAAUUAAUUUCCUAUUCAUGUCAACAACCCAUCCCUGUUUUAAGUGAACAACAGAAAUCUGGUAGCACGCUUAAACGGCAGAUAACAAAAGUCAAAAACAGCUGUAACAUACACAAAACAAACUAAGAUAAAAAACAACAAUAAAUUACAUUUUAUCCCUCCAAAAGAAACCAUAAGAAAAACAAAAUAAUUAAAACUUUGGACCCCAAUUUUAAAACCCCUCCCUCCUACAAUUCAGUUAAAGAACCUGAAAAACAAGCAAAAGAAUACUAGUAGUAAAGUGAAAGUAAAUUAGUAUGGUUUUGGAUUGCAAGUGACAAAAACAGUUGUGCAGACAUCAGCGUAAAAGCCGGUUGCUUGGUUGAUUCAUUGAUUUUUAAAACCAAUUCGUUAUUCGUCCAAGAGUUGCUAUUGUACAUUUUGUGGAUACGGAAUAGGUAUAAAACAGUAAACCAUACGAGAAAGCUUAACAUUGAUGACAAAUCCUAUUUGCUUGUUCACUAGCUAGUUUUGUGGGCUUGCUUAUACUAUGAUGAUGUGGAUGAUGAGCUCAUAGCAUCAUAAUUCCUUUUUACUUAAAACAAAAACAAAACAACUGUUUAGUUGUACUCAUCUGUGGUAAAUAAAACAUGCGCACGCACGACCUUAGAAAAUACAUAGUAAAAAAUCUAAAAAUCUCAACGAAACAGACACAGAAACACAGUAGAAAUGAAAAACUAGUUUGGAGCAAAUAAACAUUUAGUUUUCAUGGGGAGAAAAUACAUUUUACGGAAUUACUUGAGUUAGUUGUUCGUGGUUACGUGUUACGUUUGCAUUAAACUCAAUGAAAAAACGCUGGAAUAGAAAUUAAGCAAAGAAAAAAACUGUCAAGUGGUGGUGGUUUGUUAAAUACAAAGUUUUUUUGCUUAAUAUUUUAUUUUGAUGACGAAGUAGUAUAAAAAAUAAAAAAAAAAACAAAAAACAAAAAAAUAAAAUAAAAAACAGCAAAUUUAUGGAAUAUAUUUUUGAAAGCUGUGAUUCAAUACUUCAAAACUCAUAAAUUAUUAGAAAAAGAGAUAACGAAUUAUUAACAAACAAAAUAAAUUAAAUUAAAACAAAUAAGCUGAUUCUUGGCAAAAUUACGAAAAAAAGUGAAAAAUGCUAUAAAAUUACAAAAAAUCAAUAUUUUAGCAAAAAACUAAAAAAAACAAAGUCAUAUAACUAACUACAAUACAUACAUACGGGGUAAUAAAACACAUCAUACAUAUGGAUAUACAUAUGUACAUACUAUACUAAUGCUUAAAUAAAUAAUACUUGUGAAUCAGUCAGUACAUUUUUUUGUUCGAGAAUCCAAAAUUUUUGAGUUAUUGAUUUUCUCAAUUAUAAGACUACACAUCAGCUAACAAUAAUUCUUAUUUGUUAGGAUUAUUAUCAAAAUAAUAAGAACAUAAGGUUUCCACUAUUAAUCUUUACCCAUUUUUGACCUCUAACCCAUUUUUGUAAUGUACACGAGUUUACGCACACAUUUAAUUCAUAUUAAAUGCUCCGUUAUCUCAUAAAAUUCCAACAACAGCAACAACAUACACUUUAUAACCAUAGAGUAAACAUUGCGGGUAAUAAAGAAAUUAUAAUUUGUUCUUAAAUAGUACUUGUACAUUAGGGCAUAACUUUUUAAAUAUAUUUAUAAGCGUCAAAUUGGCAUGCUUAUAACCCUUUCACACAAAAAACUUAACCCAUGGAUUGUUUAUGGAUAUGAUGACAUUUUAUAUAUGUUUAGUAUGUACGUGCAUAUUGAUAUUUGAUGAAUAAUGGAAAUAUGAUAUUAUCCUUAUUAGCAUGUAGUGCCAUUAAAUUCUAAACAAUAACAUAGUUUUCUUUUUAAAUAACUAUUUACUGUAGUUGUAAAUAUUUUGUGAAA